GGGACGGUAGCAACAGUUGCCCGGGUGAGGGACGGAGCGGCCAUAGCCACGGUAGUCGUGGCGACAAGAACCCCGGCAACAGGGAUCAACAACAACAACAACCGCCGCCGCCAGCGCGGGGCCCGGGCCAGCCCAUCCCCGCACACCCACCACCCCGUGACCGCUAGCGGGGGACCGGUCUGCCCGGCCGCAGGACCCUCCCCGGGACCCACCGCUGGAGCGAAGCCCAGGGACCCACGGCCAAAAUGGCAACACAGACGUAUGUGACAGAACUUCAGCAAGCUGCACCUGCUCCAUCCCAGACUGCUCCACAACAGUAUGUGACAGAACUGCAAGUAGCUCCACAGACCCCCACCCCAACUCCACAGCCUGGCGGGCCGCAGACCCCCACCCCACAGCAGUACAUUGUUGUAACUGUAUCUGAAGGAGCCAUGAGAUCCAGUGAUGGAGAGCUUAGCCCUGGAGGAUCGUCAACAUCGCAGGCUGUGGUCCCCACACAUGUGGUACAGCAAGUGCAGGCAGCCCAGCAGCGUUUGGUGGUGCAGACUACUCCACAGACUGCAAAGGCUGCACAGGUCGCCCUAGCAGUGCACACUGUGCAGCAACCAGCACACUCCACAUCUGAGAGUGACGGCUCAGCCCUGAAGGCAGGACAAAGUCAGCCGCUGCAGAUACAUGGAGGGCCCCAAGAGCGUUCAGUUGUUCAGACGACCCCCCAGACUCAGAAAUCCUCCCCUGUCCAUCAGCUGAGCAUCCAAGGCCUCCAGCACGUCCAGGGGACAUCAGAGGUCCAGCAGCUCCAGCAGGUCCCUGUGCAACAUGUGUAUCCCAGCCAGGUGCAAUACGUGGAAGGAGGAGAUACCAGCUACACUGCAAGCACCAUACGCUCUGGAUCAUACUCCUACACAGAGACGCCACUUUACAGCCAGGCCACAGGAUCCACGUACUACGAAUCUCAGAGUGCCACAGGCCAGGUCAGCUCACCCACCUCAUCCCCUGCCGUAGCCAGCAGCCCCUCUGUGCCCAUGUAUGUGUCUGGAGGUCAGAUCCUCGCCAAUUCCACUCCGACUGCUGCUUCAGGGGGAGCAGGAGGCAGCGGAGGGACAGGAGCUGGGACCUAUGUCAUCCAAGGUGGAUUCAUAAUGGGCAGUUCUACUCAGUCCUACUCUCACACCACACGUGCCUCCCCUGCCACGGUGCAGUGGUUGCUGGACAAUUACGAGACAGCAGAAGGGGUGAGCCUCCCACGCAGCACCCUGUAUUGCCAUUACCUGCUUCACUGCCAGGAGCAGAAGCUGGAGCCUGUCAAUGCUGCCUCUUUCGGAAAGCUGAUACGGUCUGUCUUCAUGGGACUGAGGACUCGUAGGCUGGGCACCAGGGGCAACUCCAAGUACCACUACUACGGCCUGCGUAUCAAAGCCAGCUCCCCACUCCUGCGUCUCAUGGAGGACCAGCAACACCUUGCCAUGCGUCAGCAGCCAUUCUCCCAGAAACAGAGGUUAAAAACCAUGCAAAAAAUGGAGGGAAUGAGUAAUGGUGUCGGGGGCUCACAGCAGCAAGCAUCGGGCCUGUCAGAUAUCAGCUCGCAGGUGCAGCAGUACCAGCAGUUUUUGGAUGCCACCCGGACCUUGCCAGAGUUUGGAGACAUAGAUUUACAGGGAAAACCACUUCCUGAUGGCAUCACACUGGGCAAUGUUAAGGCUUUCCAGUUGCUCUAUCGGGAACAUUGUGAGGCUAUUGUGGAUGUGGUGGUAAAUCUGCAGUUUACGCUGGUAGAGACUUUGUGGAAAACAUUUUGGAGGUUCAAUGAGACGCAGCACAGUGACAGCACAGUUGAUGAUGAAGCAGAGAAGCGUUUACCUAAGGAUUGUCUAGUGCUUUUGUCCAAAUAUGAGCCUUUAUUGAAAUGGAGCCGAGACUGUGACCACCUUCUUUACCAGGGUUUAGUGGAAACCCUUAUACCUGACGUGUUACGCCCUAUCCCCAGUGCCCUGACACAAGCCAUCCGCAACUUUGCCAAGAGCCUGGAGAGCUGGUUAACAAGUGCAAUGAUGAACAUCCCUGAAGAGAUGGUGCGAGUCAAGGUUGGUGCUGCAAGUGCCUUUGCCCAGACAUUGCGUCGCUAUACGUCCCUGAAUCACCUGGCUCAGGCGGCCCGGGCUGUGCUUCAGAAUACUGCACAGAUCAACCAGAUGCUCAGCGACCUCAACCGUGUAGACUUCACCAAUGUACAGGAGCAGGCUUCCUGGGUGUGUCGCUGUGCGGACCGUGUGGUCCAGCGGCUGGAGCAGGACUUCAAGCUGACAUUACAGCAGCAGAGCUCCCUGGAGCAGUGGGCGGUUUGGCUUGACAGUGUCGUCUCACAAGUGCUCAAACCAUAUCAGGGGAACCCUGGCUUUUCUAAGGCUGCCAAACUCUUUCUGCUAAAGUGGUCAUUCUACAGUUCGAUGGUGAUCCGGGAUCUGACCCUGAGGAGUGCUGCCAGCUUUGGGUCAUUCCAUUUAAUUCGAUUGUUGUAUGAUGAGUACAUGUACUAUUUGAUAGAGCACCGGGUAGCACAGGCCCGUGGGGAGACCCCCAUCGCUGUCAUGGGAGAGUUUGCCAAUACUGGAACUUCUUUGCAUCAAAUGGACCCGGAUAAAGAUGAGGAGGAAGAGGAAGAUGACGAGAGUGAUGACGAUCUAACACACGAGCUGCCACUCAACGCCACUGAUUCAUCCAACCCUAUGGGCUCGGAUUCUCUGGAACCACCUGCAAAGUUGGCACGGAGCGACCCCAUCUUUGUGCAGGUUCCACCAAACUCUUAAUCUGACUGGGCCCAGCCCGACCAGCACCAAAGCCUUCUCACAGCAGUAGUUAUGGGAUACAUGGGGGAUUCCCUUUUUAUAUUUUACAAAACAGGCUGAUGGGAAGCCCCAAUGAUGCACUAGUUAUCAAGACCGAACUCCUCAUAUCCAAACCAACAUUGAAAAGGGCUGUUGUAAACCUGUUUAUUUAAGUAUUGUGUAUAAAAGGAAAAGUCUAAAAUUAUUUGGAUGAGUCAACUGCAACUGUCUCGAAAAGAGAGAUCUGUGCAGGUCUUCUAAUGCAGAGAUUGCAAAUAAAGCUAAUUAUAUAUAUAUACAUAUAUAUAUAUAUAUAUAUAUGCACGCACAUACAUUCUUAAACUGCCACAUAGGCUCUGACUGUGCGUCUAACAAAUGUAAUGGUGUAUAUAGCCCACUAAAUGUGGCUAAAAUGAAACUCAGAUUGUGUGUGUGUAUAUAUUUAUAUGUCGGUGUCUUUUAAGCACACAUUAAGCCGCACCUUGUUCCACAUUUGUAGAAACUGCAGAUUAUAGAUAAUGUGUGUGCAAGAUGGCAGCCAUCCUGUACAGACUUGAUCCUGGCCCCCAAGCUUCUGUAUAGUGCCACCGUGGUCCAGCUACGGCAUCCACCGUCUUCUGCUGCCAAAAUCCACCACUAAUGCUAAAUCGGAACUUAAAAUAUUAUUUAACAUCUCUGGAGUCCACUGCCUUAAAGUGCCCCUAGCAGCUAUCCAGCUCUUCAUGUACCUUGCCCUCUUCCUCCUAGCACAGAGUGCAGGACUCCACUUCUCGAUGCUUGUACUUUUUGGGGUAACAUGACUAAUUGUUAAUAUAUUGGAUAUUGUGAUGUUGUUUUAGGACGCCUGGCGGCGCCCACAUAAUGGCCUUACUUGUCUGUGUGUCAAUCCUGUGAUAUACUUGUCUGUAUGGGGAGGGGAAACAUUGUAUUUUGUAUAAAUUAUAUAUCUAUAAAUCUUAGUUUUGUGUCAAUAUUUUGAGAAGAGUACAGUGGAGACCAGAGGAAGACAGAGGGUAACAGCAAGUGGGACCUUUUCUAACAUUUUGUAGUAUUUCUUAAUACAAAAUAAAAUUUUGCUGUGUUCUGUA